AUGGGACAUUGUUGUCGGCUUCUUCUCCUUUUGGUGGCGCAGAAUUUCAUCUUAAACUGUGACAGCUUAAUUCAUCAAGAAUUCAAGGCACUAAGCUAUUCAAAAUUACGUCAGCUAUAUGCGAAACAUUACGAUGGUUAUACAAAAUUUGUCGCAGAAUACAAGCAAGGUGUUAAAGACGAUCGACCGGAACCGCACCGUUUAUUGGCUUAUGCUAAAAAUCUGGAAGAGAUUAAAAAGCACAAUGAAUUGUACAAACAAGGCAAAUCAUCAUUUAUGCUUGGCCUAACUGUAAUGAGUGACACGUCGAAGGAGGAUUUGGACGAUCUGUUUCCAGUAGUGGUAUUCAAUGAAACAGAUAAUCCUGUCCCACCGAAUUUAACAGAAAGUUCAAUUAAAGAAGUUAAUUGGGUUGCUAAAAAUUAUGUCACACCAGUGAAAAAUCUUUUCAGUUAUGUGGAUUGUAUUCCUACUAUCACUACAGCCAGUACAGUAUCGGAUGUUGUGGAAGCAGUUGUUAAAUCUCGUACCCAACGAUUGAUAAAACUUUCCAUACAGGAAUUGCUAGAUUGCGGCGGUGUUGCAUGUAAUGAGCACGUGCGAUUCCAUCAGUAUGCCAACUAUAUCAUGAGAAACAGGGGAAUGGUCAGUGAAAGAAAAUAUCCAAUGUUCAACAGACAACAGUCAUGCGGGGCCAGAGGUAGAAGAUAUGGAAGGGUCAAAACCUUUCUGACAACAGUACAUGGUGAAAAACUCCUGUUCAAAGGUUUGCUAGCCAAGAGGCCGAUUGCCACAAGAAUUUUGCUCACGCAGAAAUUUCAUAAUUAUAAAGGAGGAAUAUUUCGUGAUUGCCUUCAAAGUCCGAAUAAUGUUUUUUCACACACAGUGUUAGCAGUUGGAUUUACAGAAGAUUAUAUUUUAUUAAAAAACAGGCAAAAUUGGGGUACCAAAUGGGGUGAAAAUGGAUAUAUGCGUAUUUCGACAGAUCCAAAAGAAAAUUGCAAUUUAUAUCUUGAAUCAUUUGGUGGUAAUCAGCGUGAACUUGCUCGUGAAGGAAAUUUGAAAAAGCAGCAACAGCAAAAGAAAUCGCAACCGCAUCAGGAU